GAGAGGAACACAGAGUUUUCUCUAAGAUGAGAUCCAUUCUGGUUGCCCCUUUCCAACCCUCUCUUCUCAUGGAAGUUGGAGGAGAAAAUUCCCUCUAUGGGAGCUUUCAAAGCCAUUCCAAUUCUUGGCUUGAACCAAUUAGCCCUCCAUUCACUGCCAUGGACAGUGUCUUGUGGGCUCAAAACAACCUCUCUCACCAGCAAUUGCUCAACACCGUGGUAAAUCAUCCACCACCCUUCUUUUAUCCCAAUGCCUACUCUUAUUUUCCGACCGGUGGAGGGUUUCCUGACUUCACUACACAAGUUGACACAGGUUUAGUGAGAGGAAUACUUCUCCUUGAUCUUAACUCAAACUCUUAUGUUGUGAAUUCAACUCUUGAUGAGAGUUUGAAUGGAGUUGACAACACAGAGACUGAUGGCUCUACUGACAAUAGGGUCAAGGGUCAGUGGACAGAUAAUGAAGACAGCAAACUGGUUAAGUUGGUGACAAAAUAUGGAUGCAGAAAAUGGGCUGUGGUAGCUAAACAGAUGGUGGGGAGGAUCGGAAAACAAUGUCGCGAGCGCUGGCAUAAUCAUUUGCGUCCAAAUAUCAAGAAAGAUCAACUUUGGACUGAAGAAGAAGAGAAGCUGAUAAUCGAAGCCCACGAGUUGGUCGGAAAUAAAUGGGCAGAAAUAGCCAAAUUUGUUCCAGGGAGAACCGAGAACUCAAUCAAGAAUCACUGGAAUGCCACCAAAAGAAAGCAGACAUCAAAGAGAAGGCUCAAGAAACCGGAAAAGCUAAACGGGAUAACUCUGUCCACUGUCUUGGAGGACUACAUCAAGAAGAAGUACUUCAACAAUGGAUCAACCUCCACCAACCCCAACCCCGGACCUACUGUUGCUGCGCCUAACAAUCCGGCAUCAACCACUGCUGUUGUCGUCCCAGGGAAUCAAUCAGUGCAGGAUAAUAGCAGUCCUCCCCUCAUUUCUACCCCUGAUGAUCAUGAUGACGAGUCGUUGGCUUAUAUGACAUUCGAUCAGGAGGCAAUCAAUGAGGAGAUGGACUUCAUGAAAAAUCUAUUUGGGAACAACAACUAUUCCAAUUUGAACAAUUCUCAAAAUGGCAAUUUCUCGGUCCCCACUCAGACGUUCGAGGCUCAGCUGCCUGUGGAGAAUAUGGGAAAUAUCGGCUUUUUUGGUUUUUUUCUAUAUCGGCUUGUUGGCUUCUUCCGAAGAAUUUAA